GUUAUCUCACGCCUUACUGGCAGCAGCAGUGUGAAGAUUUAAUUCUUGAAACAUGAAAUUAGAUUCUUUAUAGACACAGUGUACACACAACUUUUAUUUUCUGACCUAUUAAAACACAUCACGCGAUUUACCUCCCCAUUAAAACCCUGGACGCACUACGUGAGUUGAACCUUUAAUUAUCGAUAUAUAUAGAACCUGUUACCUAAUCACAAUUAGGUGGCCUUCCAUAGUUUUCUACACCAACUUUUCAGAUCCUCUCUUUCUCCGCCCAUUACUAGCUAACUAUUUCGGGGUGUCAAAUGGCAGCAAUGUCAGGGAAGGUUGUCGAACAUGUUCUGGUAGCACAGUGCUGCCAGAAGAAUAGGCAGUUUAGAGCUGAAUAUGGACAGAACAGUUGUGCCCAAUAUAGACCCACAUUGCUUCCCUUUGUAAGAGGGAAGUUGGCAUGGAAUCACAUCUCAGCCAUGCAACUGCGCACAUACUCAAAAUUUAACCGAAGAAUUAUUUACUGCAAUGCUGCUCCCUCUACAACGUCGAUACCAUCUGUCGACAAAGCUGCUUUUCUCAAGCUUCAAAAUGGCAGUGAUAUUCGAGGUGUUGCUGUUGGCGGUGUUGAAGGAGAACUUGUUACCCUCACAGAACCAGUUACAGAAGCAAUAGCAGCCGCCUUUGCUGCAUGGUUGAUUGAAACUAAGAAACCUGAUGCAUCUAAACGGUUGAGAGUUUCCAUUGGCCAUGAUUCACGAAUAUCUGCACAGAUGUUACAGGAUGCAGUUUCUAGAGGUCUAGCUAGUGCAGGUGUAGAUGUUAUUCAAUAUGGAUUAGCAUCUACACCAGCAAUGUUCAAUUCCACGCUCACUGAAAAUGAAGACUUUCUGUGUCCAGUUGAUGGAUCUAUAAUGUUAACAGCAAGUCAUCUUCCCUACAAUAGGAAUGGAUUUAAGUUCUUCACAAAUGCUGGUGGACUUGGGAAAGCAGAUAUCAAAAACAUCUUGGAACGUGCUGCUGCUAUAUAUGGGAACUUUGCAGAUGAAGGUUUCAGGGAUACAGAGAGGAGAACAACUCCAUCUGUGAAAAGAGUGGACUAUAUGACUGUGUAUACAUCUGAUCUUGUAGCAGCAGUUCGCAAAGCAGCAGGAAAUAUAGAGAAGCCACUGGAGGGAUUCCACAUAGUUGUUGAUGCAGGGAAUGGGGCCGGAGGAUUCUUUGCUGGAAAGGUACUUGAGCCUCUGGGAGCUGUUACUUCUGGAAGUCAAUUCUUAGAGCCAGAUGGAUUAUUUCCCAAUCAUAUUCCUAACCCUGAGGACAAGGAAGCAAUGAAAGCUAUAACACAGGCUGUCCUUAAUAACAAAGCAGAAUUGGGCAUCAUCUUUGAUACUGAUGUUGACAGAUCUGCUGCCGUGGAUUCCAGCGGUCGUGAGCUCAACAGGAAUAGAUUGAUUGCCUUGAUGGCUGCUAUUGUGUUAGAGGAACAUCCACGGACAACCAUUGUAACGGAUAGUGUGACAUCAGAUGGGUUGACAACAUUUAUUGAAAAGAAACUGGGUGGAAGACACCAUAGAUUCAAAAGAGGCUACAAAAAUGUCAUUGAUGAAGCUAUUCGUUUGAACUCAGUUGGAGAGGAGUCACAUUUGGCUAUUGAAACAAGUGGGCAUGGAGCUCUCAAGGAGAAUCAUUGGCUGGAUGAUGGUGCAUAUCUCAUGGUCAAGCUUUUAAAUAAACUCGCUGCAGCUAAAGCUUCUGGAAUGGGGGUUGGCAGCAAGGUUCUGACUGACUUGGUAGAUGGUCUAGAGGAACCUGGCGUUGCCGUUGAACUUAGACUGAAAAUUGAUCUGAAUCAUGCUGAUCUAAAAGGGGGAUCUUUCCGUGAUUAUGGAGAGGCAUUGCUACAACAUUUAGGGAAUAUCACCAGUUCAGAUCCGAAGCUUCAGAAAGCCCCAGUUAACUAUGAAGGCGUACGGGUUUCUGGUUAUGGUGGAUGGUUUCUUUUGAGGCUCUCACUUCACGACCCUGUUUUGCCCCUAAAUAUUGAGGCACCAAGCAAUGACGAUGCUGUGAAACUUGGACUUUCUGUGCUCUCUGCUGUUAAAGAGUUUCCGGCUCUCGAUACUUCUGCACUUGACAAAUUUGUCAAAGUAUAGUGAAGAGGGGUUAUUUCGAAUUCUUUUCUUACAGCUCUAUUCCCGACUGGCACAUUUUGUUCGAAGUUAACUGCUGUAGGUUUUUGGUUUAUUUGUUAUAUUAUCUGACCGUACAAAGAGCAAAGAUGGUGAAUAUCAUGUUAGAAUAAAAUUCAUGAUCCGUGUAAUAAUCAAAGGCUGGAAGUACUAUCUCUAAUAGCUGAAAGUUGUGGGGUUUCCUUUGGAAGCACUGGAACAUAUUUAUGGCAUUUUUGUUGUGCAGGCUAGACAAUAACAAGGAUGAAAAAUGAAUGUUUUUGAACUUCUCUCUUGU